ACCUCAUUUGGCAAAAUGUCCCUAGUUUUGAAUUUUAAUGAAUCUGAGAUGAAAGGUUUUUUUUAUUUGUGUAUUUCCUCCUUCUUCCUCAGCAGAUACAAUCCAUAGUUUCGUUUGAAAUCUCCAGUUAGGUGUUAUGCAAGGCCUAUUUCUGAGAACGCCAUUCCCCAACAGGCCCUUCUGGCUUUGCUUUCUUCCUUGGCAGUUGGUGGCUCUGAGAGUGUGAUUUAAAAAUGUAACCGUUGGGGGAAAAUAAGCCUUUUCCAUGAGCCUGUAAAUCUUCGGCCAUGGGUGCCCUUCAACCGCAUUGGAAAGAAACACAAACUCCUCGGGAAGAUAACGCGGGGGGGGAUAACGCGGCCGGACUGGCCCGGGCUAGCGGGCGCCCAGCUGUGCCGACCCGGCCGCCUGGGCCUGGCCUGUGGCGGGAAACUCCAGCACCGGGCCGCGAGGGCAGGGGCAUGGCUGGGUGAAGGGGUAAGGGAGAGAGUGGCUCCACCGACCUCGGACCGGGCCAGGGCGAGGAAAAUCGGGCCGUUAGAGGGGCGAGCCCGGCCUAGCGCUCAGCUCUGAGUAGUUUGCGGAGAAAUUUGGGACCGUCCGGGGCCCAAGGGAGGAACACGUGCACACCCAGCGGGCCCAAAGUGUCUUUUGUUUACUGGGGAGUUUUCGCGAGAAGGGAAAACCCAGGCCCCCGAGGGCCGACGGCCUGCUCUGGAGGAGGGGGCGGGGCGCUGAACACCCCCGGGCGCCAAACCGCGCGCUCAAGGGAGAGGAACUGGCGCGCGGGCGUGUGCUUCUGAGGCGCGGGGGCGGGGUGAGGGCGGGGCCAGCCUAUAUAGCUCGUCCCGCCCCGCUCUUCAGCCCGCAACCCCACAGGUCACUCUCGUCUGUCCGUCCCUCGCUUCGUGGGCCGCUGUUUCUUUAAGGCCGGAUCCGCACGGAUCUCGCGAGAACCGGUUGGCGCCGUGACCUCCAUGUGAGAGCAGCAAGCUCUUCAUAAACAGUCCCAGUCAGUCCGGUCCGCUAUGGCUCCUUCCUAUUUUUAAAGCCGCGGCGGCGUAGGCAUUGUCAGUGUCUCCUGCGGCUCUUCGCCCCCGCCUCCUCCCAGUUCCGGCUGUUUCGCUCCUCCUCUUUCUCCCCCGCUCCGCUUCCUCCCCCCUCCCCGACCUCUGGGGGUGUGCGCGCUCGGGGUACCGCCGGCCGCCACCGCCGAGUGCUCCGGGCGCUCCGCGCACGCUCUCGCUCACUCUCUACCUCGCGCUCUCCCUCGUGCGCUCGGGGUCCCCAGGGGCUGGGGAGGCGCGCGGUGGGGGUGUGAGAGCCUCGGCCAAGAGGAGGGGGAGACAAAGAGGGGAGGCACCGGCGCCCCCCCAGUCCCCGGCUCCGCUCCGCUCCGCACCCCCACCCCCUCUCGGGUCAGGAUGUGGAUCCAGGUCCGCACCAUAGACGGCACCGAGACGCGGACUAUCGACGACCUGUCGCGUCUCACCAAGAUCGAGACGUUACGGGAGAAGAUCCGGGAGCUGUUCAACGUGGCCCCGGACCGCCAGCGCCUCUUCUACCGGGGCAAGCAGUUGGAAGAUGGACAUACUUUAUUUGAUUAUAAUGUUGGACUGAAUGAUAUAGUUCAGCUGCUGAUACGUUCAGAGCCUGAUGGUCCUACCACUUCAAUACAGAGUAAAGGUGGUGAGGUAAAACCCCGUUCUAAGAGUAGCAGCAGAAGUAAAGCCAAGAAAACAACAAGCAGCAGAUCUUCCAAUCAGCCUUCUACAUCAACUCGUUCAUCUCUUAUUGAUCCAGGGCUUGGAGUAUAUAAGAUAAAUGAACUGGUGGAUGCUCGAGAUGACACUGUUGGCUCUUGGUUUGAAGCUCAUAUAAAGAAUGUGUCCCCUGCAACAAAACAACAUAAAAGUGGCAAAGCUAAAGCAAAGAGUGGCAAAAGGACUAAUGGAAAUUUAAGUCAUGAUCAUUCCAGAGGCAACACAAAUAAGUUGGACAGUGCACCCUCGACAUCUCAAUCUCAUUCUGUGAACAACGAAGAUAUUGUUUAUCAUAUCCAGUAUGAUGACUAUCCAGAAAAUGGUAUUACACUAAUGCCUCCCCAAGAUGUUCGACCACGAGCGAGAAAAAUCUUGAAGUGGAAUGAACUAAAUGUAGGGGAUAUAGUGAUGGUGAACUACAAUGUAGAAAAUCCCGAAGAAAGAGGAUUCUGGUAUGAUGCAGAGAUUACCACAUUGAAGGAAAUUUCGAGGACUAAAAAAGAAGUUCGUGCAAAAAUCAUACGAAGUGGACCAGAAGAUACAAUAAAUGAUUGCAAGAUAAAGUUUAUAGAAGAAAUAUACAAGAUUGAAAAACCUGGAGCUCAUCCACUUUCAUUUGCCGAUGGACCCUUUACAAGAAAGAGUGGCCCUGAAUGCAAACACUGUAAUGCAGACCCAGAUAAGGAAUGCCGGUUUUGCUCCUGUUAUUUAUGUGGUGGCAAGCAAGAUCCAGAGGAGCAGCUUCUCUGUGACGAAUGUAAUAUGGCCUAUCAUAUCUAUUGCCUGAAUCCUCCUCUAAGCAAGGUUCCAGAAGAUGACUGGUAUUGUCCUUCCUGUAAAAUUGAUUCAAAUGAAGUUGUAAAAGCUGGCGAAAAACUCAAACAGAGUAAAAAGAAAGCAAAGAUGCCAUCUGCUAGUACUGAAAGCCAUAGAGACUGGGGCAAGGGAAUGGCCUGUGUUGGUCGAACUACGCAAUGUACUCUGGUUCCUUCUAACCACUAUGGACCUAUACCUGGUGUUCCUGUUGGAACCACAUGGAAAUUUAGAGUCCAGGUGAGUGAGGCAGGUGUUCACAGACCCCAUGUUGGUGGAAUUCAUGGACGAAGCAAUGAUGGGGCAUACUCACUUGUGCUGGCAGGAGGCUUUGAGGAUGAAGUAGACCGAGGUGAUGAAUUCACUUAUACUGGAAGUGGUGGUAGAGAUCUGUCUGGUAAUAAAAGGAUUGGAGAACAUUCAUUUGAUCAAACAUUAACAAACAUGAACAGGGCAUUAGCCCUAAACUGUGAUGCUCCAUUGGAUAAUAAAAAUGGAGGAGAAUCAAAGAAUUGGAGAGCCGGUAAGCCAGUUCGAGUGAUACGCAGUGCGAAAGGCCGGAGAAUCAGCAAAUAUGCUCCUGAGGAAGGCAACAGAUAUGAUGGAAUUUACAAGGUGGUGAAAUACUGGCCAGAAAUUGGAAAAUGUGGAUUCUUGGUUUGGCGCUAUCUUCUGCGAAGGGAUGAUGUUGAACCUGCACCUUGGACCGCGGAAGGAAUAGAACUCAAAAACCUACGUCUAAGUGUUCAGUAUCCACCAGGCUAUGAAAAAGCCAUGGCAAGUAAAGAAAAGAAAGAUAACAUUAAAAAGCCACCUGUGGUGAAGGGUCCAAGCAAACGAAGCAAUGACAAACAGAAAAGAUCAAUUGAUGUAGGUCAAGUUGAGCCUGGAAGUGGCUCCAAAACCAGAAGAAUGACAGAUGAAGGGAAAGCUGAGACUUUCCAGCUGACCACACAACAGCAGAGCCUGAUCAGACAAGACUGCCCGAACCAGAAGCUGUGGGAUGAAGUGCUUGCGUCUCUGAAGGAAGGGCCAAAUUUUCUGAAAAUACUGGAACAGUCUUUCAUGUGUGUCUGCUGCCAGGAAUUGGUCUACCAGCCAGUGACAACGGAGUGCCUCCACAAUGUCUGUAAAAGUUGCUUACAGCGAUCCUUUCGAGCUGAAGUUUUCACCUGUCCUGCUUGUCGUCAUGACCUUGGAAGAGACUAUACUAUGGUUCCCAACAAGAUCCUGCAGACAUUACUUGACCAGUUCUUUCCUGGCUAUAGCAAAGGACGAUGACAUGUCCAGCUUCUACUACUCCAGUGACUUUAUAGACAAUAAGACAAUUCUAUCAUGAGAGAAAAGACAACAGUGGACCAAUAGACUUACUGGGACUCAGCAGAUUUUCACAUUCUGAAGCCGCUAACCCUCUUUCCCACCUUGCCACCAUUUUUUUUUUUGUAGUAAGAAAUCCAUUUAUCAACUGUCUUUCAACACCAAAAGGUAGGGCCCACUUGUUGCUUAUUGACAACUAGUAUUAAUAAAAAUGGAGGCUUCAACCCUGACUGGUCAGCCUAGUUGAUGCACAAUUUAUGAUUUGUUUUAUUUUGCAACUACCUCAGGACAGAGGAAAGGGAUUUGGGGAUGUUUUUAAAAAGCUAAUUGGUCAACUGAAAUUUUAGCUGCCUACUGCCUCCUGAAUAUUAGUUUACCUGGUCCAUGCAAUUUGAUUUUCCCGAAGAAUAAUUAGCAGCACUUAAGCCAGAUUAUAUGGUGUGCAUAAUCCUUUUUUAAAUCAUCUUUUCUUCCAUUAUGAUGGUUUUUUUGUUUUGUUUUGCAAGAACGGGCUGAUUCUGUCUAUUUUUUGUGAGCUUCAUUGUGCUUUCUUCUUGUAUCUUAUGCAGGUUGACUACUAAUGACUAAUGAAAACAAUAUGGAUGCAUUGUUGCUACAUUAGUGUAAUGUGAUCAGUGUUUUUUGCACUUAAAAGAGGUAUUCAAAACA